AUGUCCCCUGCCAACGUGACCUACUGGUUCCAGGGCCCGACCACUCUCAGGUUCCUCAACACGUCCUGGAUCUUGGACGACGAGGAUGACUUCUACGACUACGACGACUACCAGAGCCUGCCCGAGAUCAACAUCACAACCGAGGGCGCCACCAAUGCCCUGGUGGAGGCGGCGCUCAAGACAGUGGUGCUGGCGAGCAUCGUGGUGCUCACCAUCGGCGGCAACAUGCUGGUGUUGCUGGCCGUCUACAUGUCCCGCAACCUGCGCUCCUCCACGCACUACCUGAUCGUGAAUCUGGCGGUGGCGGACCUCCUGUUGGGCACGACCGUCCUGCCCUUCAGCGCCACCCUGGAGGUCUCCGGCAAGUGGUACUUCGGGCAGGUGUUCUGCGAGGUGUGGGCGACCGCCGACGUGCUCUGCUGCACCGCCUCCAUCUGGUCCCUGUGCGUCAUCUCGCUCGACCGCUACAUCGGUGUCACGCGGCCGAUGGCGUACCCGACCAUCAUGACGGAGCGCCGGAUGUGCGUGCUAAUCGCCGCCGUGUGGGCGCUGUCCAUCGUGAUCUCCAUCGGCCCCGCCUUCGGCUGGAAGACGCCCCCGGACCCCGACCCCACCGUGUGCACCGUCAACCAGGAGCUGGGCUACGUGCUCUUCUCCGUCACGGGCUCCUUCUACCUGCCCAGCGUCUGCAUCAUCGUCGUGUACUGGCGCAUCUACCGCGCCGCCAUCCAGCAGUCCAAGUUCCUGGAGAGCGGCAUCAAGACCACGAAGACGUCCGUCACGCUCAGGGUGCACAAGGGGGGCGCCGGCCGCUCCGACGGCAAGCUCACGCUGCGGAUGGCCAAGUUCCGCAGGCAGAAGAAGGCCGCCAAGACCUUGGGGAUCGUCGUUGGCGUGUUCCUCCUGUGCUGGUUCCCCUUCUUCUUCAUCCUUCCGCUCGUUUGGUCUGAGAACACCUUUGGACGCGCAUGCCUUCGUAUGUCGAUUCUGGAGGGAUUGUGGAUGCUUGUAAACGCGGAUUUUAGCAUACUUGGUAUUACAGCAUAUAAUAGAAGAGGAGAGGGGAGGACUGAGGAACCUGGCACUCUUGUGAUGCUCGCUCUAGGCACUGCUAGCGACAAGGGGUAUUAG